ACAAGGUGCACCCGACUAAGCAAAACGUCUUACCGUAAACAUAAGACGCCCGACUGACCUCAUCCUUGGAAAUAGACCUCGUGUCAUCCCAAAAGACGCACAUGGGCGUCUGCACCGAGGAGCGCCCUGUGAUGCAUUGGCAGCAGAGCGCAAGAUUUCUUGGGCCCGGCGCAAGGGAAAAAAGUCCAACACCACCUGUAGCACAUCAAGGGAGCAACCACUGUGGCAGUGCUGCAGGUGCAAGUACCAAUCAUCCUUUGUUCCGCACAUGCUCCUCAUCCUCGUGUCCAGAUAUUUGUGAUCACAGUACAAAGCCUUUCGGCAAUGCAUACAACACCGAGUCAUUCAGAAGUUAUGAAACCGCCGAUCGAGCCACUUUUGAAGACUCCACGGCCAAAUUCUCGAUCAGUCGCAGUCGCACUGACUGCACGGAGAUCAGUGAUGAGACAACGUCGGGCAUAUCAUUCAAAACUGAACCAUUUGGGCCGCCCAGUAGUCCAGAGUCCACCAACGAUAGCAAAAUAACGCGAAACCUCGAUGAAUGUGCUGGAUGUGGCCGGCAAAUACAGGAUCGCUUCUACCUCUCCGCCGUGGAAAAACGAUGGCACGCUAGUUGCUUGCAGUGCUACGCCUGCCGACAACCGCUGGAACGGGAAUCGUCUUGCUAUUCACGUGACGGCAACAUUUAUUGCAAAAACGAUUAUUAUAGUUUUUUUGGCACUCGCCGUUGCUCCCGGUGCCUGGCCUCCAUCAGCUCCAACGAGUUAGUAAUGCGCGCCCGGAACCUGGUAUUUCAUGUAAACUGCUUUUGUUGUACGGUAUGCCACACGCCGUUGACAAAAGGCGAUCAGUACGGCAUCAUUGAUGCGCUUAUAUACUGCAGGACCCACUACAGUAUAGCCCGGGAGGGAGACGCCGCCUCGUCCAGCAUGAGUGCCUCCUACCCGUACAACACGCAGUUCGGCUCGCCACAUAACGACUCCUCAAGCCCGCACUCGGAUCCCAGCCGGAGCAUUGUUCCUACGGGCAUAUUCGUCCCCGCGUCUCAUGUUAUCACCGGACUGCCACAACCGGCGCGCCAGAAAGGAAGGCCACGAAAGCGCAAGCCCAAGGACAUUGAGCCCUUCACCGCGAACAUAGAUCUUAACACGGAGUACGUUGACUUCGGCCGGGGAUCCCACAUGAGCUCCUCAUCGCGGACAAAACGAAUGCGCACCUCUUUUAAGCAUCACCAGUUACGAACUAUGAAGUCGUAUUUCGCCAUCAAUCAUAACCCUGACGCCAAGGAUCUAAAGCAGCUAUCGCAAAAAACAGGAUUACCAAAGAGAGUCCUACAGGUCUGGUUUCAAAACGCUCGCGCUAAAUGGCGUCGUAUGAUGAUGAAGCAGGAUGGAAGUGGGAUCCUAGAGAAGGGGGAUGGCGUUCUAGACCUUGACAGCAUUUCGGUACAUAGUCCCACAUCCUUUAUACUGGGAGGUCCAAACAGUACUCCGCCCCACAACCUCGACUAACAGCUGUUCAAGUUAAAAGAAAAAGGCGUUGAGAAUGUAAUCUGGGGGCCUCGGCUCAGUCCCUGUGCCGACUCCGGAUUUGGCCCAGAAACAAGCUGAACAGAAGCGGUUGGACUCGGUUAGAUUGCAAAAAAGCACAUAUUAUGAAAUAUGCAUCAAUAUAUGUAUAGCUCGUCUAGAAAUCUUUCUUAGACAAGCUGUUUUGUAGUCGUUUCUUAGCCAUAUCCUCAUUUAAACUGGGUUUUUAAACGUUCUACGAAUCAUUGAUGCCUAUAAAUCUUUGCCUCCCAUGUUAUUUCUGAAUCCAUUCUUUUCAUUUGUAAAUAGUCGUACAAGCUAAAACUUGCGUAGAAACAGGUUAUUGUUACAAAAUAAUGCUAUUUAAAACUUACUCAUGAUUAUUUGUGUAUAUAACAUUUGUAUAUCAACAUUUAAUAAAAUGGAUAUACAUAUAUAUAUGUAUUUAAUAUUUAUUGCCCAAAAUGUAAUAGUUAGUGAUGAAUUUAGUUUAUCAAAAGAAGUGAAUAACAAAUAACGCGUAUUGUAGUUUUUCGGUAUAUUAUUUGCAACGCCUAUAUCGCACGAUUAGAAUGCAUUAAAUUGGAGUUAAGGCGAAGAUAGGUGCAAUGAUCAUCAUAAACGAAGAAGCAAGUAAAAAAAAAUUGUACUUAAAAAUAGAUUAACCAUAAGUCUUACCAUAGAAGCCAAAUAAAAAUGAUUAAAAAUUAAAA